CCUACAAUUACGAAAACGUACCGUUUUCGUUCUCAAUUUAGAAAGUACAUUGUCAGAUUAGGAAUAAGUACUAACAGCUGUAAGUAAAGUAAAAAGGAUAAGCUAUAAUAAUACAUCAUGGCUCUAAACAGAUUUAUGCAUCCUAGAAAUCAUUACAGAAACAAUAAACCCGAUUUCAGUCAACUGGCUUUGAAAUAUCCAGAAUUUGCUGAUCACUCAACACAAGAUUUAAAUGGGAAAAUUUGUUUAGAUUUUAAGAAAGCGAAUAGUGUUCGCAUACUUACUCAAACAUUGUUAAAAGAAGAUUUUAACUUGAAUGUAGAACUACCAGAUGACCGUCUAACUCCUACCUUGUCCUCUAGAUUGAAUUAUAUUCAUUGGAUAGAAGAUAUAUUUGGUGAUUCAUAUAAAGAACUUAGAGGAAUUGAUAUAGGUACCGGCGCAUCAUGCAUUUACCCUAUUCUUGGAUGUAAAAUAAACAACUGGUCAUUUCUAGCUACGGAUGUAAAUGAAAAAAAUUUAGAAUAUGCAGAUAAGAAUGUCAAGGGUAAUAAUAUGCAGACCAAAAUUCAAGUUGUAAAAGUUGAAGAAGGAACGUGUAUACCACAAUUUGUUUUGUCAAGUGAUCAGACCUAUGAUUUUGUUAUGUGCAACCCGCCAUUUUUUGCGGAUCACAUGGAGGCACAGGCUAUAACAAGCACACGUAAAGUUAAUCGGCCAGAUCCUCCAUCUAUGAGUACAGCUGAAGAUUGUGAGAGCAUUGUACCAGGUGGCGAAGCACAAUUUAUUAAACAAAUGAUUCAAGAAUCUUUUCAAGUCAAGGAAAAAAUAAGAGUAUUUACUUCAAUGGUGGGCAAGAAAAUAAAUGUAUCAGUGAUCAAAGAGGAACUUAAAAGGAGACAGAUUUCGAAUUUUUCUACAACAGAAUUUUGUCAGGGUAAAACAAUGAGAUGGGGCAUUGCAUGGACUUUUGAUACAACUAUUAAAUUCCCAAAAUCUUACUUUGAGAAAAAGAAGAAAGGAAAUUCUAAGUUAAUAUAUGAAAUACCAAUGGAUAAUGGUAUAGUGAUUUAUGAUAUUCAGAAUAUGACAGCUUAUAUUAUAUCACAACUACAGGAGCUCAAGGUUGAGUAUAAAGAGGGAAAGAGAACAAAUAUAAAUUCAUGUGUUACUAUGACAGCCAGAGUAAAUAGCUGGUCAAACCAACGACGCAAACGCAGACUUGAAAAACAAGGGCUAAACAAAGAUAUUGAAGAAAAAAAAAAUAAAACCCCUGAAAAAUCAUCUUCUGUUAACAGUGUCAUAGUUCAUGAAAUAAAUGGUACCCUUUCCAAUAAUAAAGCAAUUGAGGACACAAUCAUUGAUGAUGAUAAGAAAAUAAAAAUUGUCAAAGAAACUGUAAUGGAAACAAAAAAUAUUAAUAGUGCUAACAUUUCCUCUGAUGAAAUCCCAGUGGAAUUAAAAACUAACAAGACACCUAGUACCUCAACUGAAUCUGUUGUUAAAACAAAAUCUGGAUGCUUGGAUGACACAAAGAAAAAUCAUUUAGUGAAAUGUAGAAUAAUACUGAAGAAAACGGAUGACAGAAUUAUGUUAGAAAUAGUUGAUUUAGAUGGUGAUAAGAGAGAACUAUGUAAUCAAAUAUUGCAGUAUUUUAAAAAUAAACUAAAAUCACAAGCCUAAAAUAUAAUGUAAUAUUCAGAAUUUGUCCCCUUAAGAUUACUUUUGUUUUGAAGAUCAAGAAGACAUAACAUUAAAGGAAUUUGUUAAUAAUUUGG